AUGUAAUUAUUUGCAUAUUCAUUUAUUGUUCCAUCCUCGGUUUCCAUAAUAUAUGUUAUACUGAUGAUUUGUCGUUAUUGCCAAUUAAAGUCGGACAUCGUGGCUGAUGAAAUAAACUUGAAUUGCUCUCUCAAAUUUCGUGUGAGUGUAUUGAUUUGUGACAUAGGUAUACAUUCCCAUAUUAAUAAGUAGUCUAGGCAUUUAAAGUACUUAGUGUGCAUUCAUAUUUCUCUGCAAGAAUUGUGAAGAAUAUCAACACUAUGUUUUGAUAAUCCUCCU